AUGAAGUUCUUCUCACUACUAGCUGGCGCCGCCGCAUUGGCAACUUCCGCCGUUGCUCAAUACACCAACAGCACACCAACUGGCGACAUCGACCAUGUCACCAUCUUCACACCUCCCAGAAACUACACAGUUCCCAGGACCCUCUACGCACGCAGUGUUCUUCUGAACCAAAACUGCGAAGAGGACAAUGUGAUUCUCGCAACCUGGGAGAACUACCUCUACAACAACAACUCGAACCCUUACUUCCCCAUCUACCAGUCUUACGAUGGCGGCCACACUUGGUCAGAGCGUUCUCGCGUUUAUGAUCAAGUCAACGGAUGGGGACUGAGAUACCAGCCUUUCCUCUACGAACUGUCUGAGCCCAUUGGCAACUUCACUGCCGGCACCAUUCUGCUUGCUGGCAGCUCCAUUCCUGACGACCUCUCCGAGACUCAACUCGAACUCUACGCCAGCACGGAUAAGGGUUACACCUGGAAGUUUGUCUCCCACGUCGCCCAUGGUGGUGAGGCUCUCCCCAACAACGGACUGACUCCCGUCUGGGAGCCUUUCCUCAUGACCUACAACAACUCUCUCAUCUACUACUACUCUGACCAGCGCGAUCCUCGCUACGGUCAGAAGAUGGUUCACCAAGUUUCGUCCGAUCUCCACACCUGGGGUCCCGUCGUCGAUGACAUCGUCUACGGUACCUACGACUGGCGUCCUGGUAUGCCCAUCGUCUCCGAGCUUCCUCUCGGCCAAUACAUCAUGACCUACGAAUUCUACGGCGCCGAAGAGGCAGAUUUCGCCGUCUACUACCGCAUCUCCACCGACCCUACAAAUUUCAACGCCAGCAUUGGUCGUCCUCUCAUCGCCACAGACGGCACUGUCCCGUACGGCAGCCCUUACAACGUCUGGACUCCCGUUGGAGGUGACCUCGGCACCAUCGUCGUCAGCUGCGGUAACCUGGGUGAAGUCUUCCUGAACCACAACCUCGGUGCCCCCGGUGCUUGGACCAAGAUCAACACUCUGGAACCGGCUUCGUACACUAGAAGUUUGUUGGUUCUUCCCGGACAGGAGGAUAUCUUGAUCGUUGGUGGUGGUGUUUUGGGUGGUGAGCACAAUGCUGUUACGGCUAGCUCUGUCAACAUCAAGCCCAAGGCUCCUGCUUUUGCCAAGUGCAAUGCUAAGAAGUGAACAAGCG